AUGUGUUCGAAUAAAAUAUCAAGAACGAAGCCAUCAUGGUCAGAUACAUACACUCUUCCAUGGCAGCAAAUCUUUAGUAAGCUUGCUGUGCACGAUCUUGUUGGAUGCAAGGGUGUCUGUUCUUCAUGGAAUUCAUGCAUCAAAUCUCUGAAGAUUUCUCCACAUCUGAUGAUUCCCAAGCUACAACACGAUGAUGAUGACAGUACUUGUCGUCGAUUCUUUACUCUCGCCUACGAGAACGGUACUGAAGGGUUUUUCAUAGACCAUGCUAUGGGUAUUGAGAGUGAGAAUUUAUACCUGGGUUCCUCUCAGGGCUGGCUUGUGAUUUUGAAUAACAGAGCAAAAGAUUCAUUUAUUCUCAACCCCUUUAAUUGCCUCGUGCUCCAGCUCCCAUCGAUCGAAACACUACCCACAUGGAGAAAUAGAGACAAUUUGCUCACUAAUAAUAGGUUUGUUUCUAAGGCUAUUCUUAUUCCGAAUACAAAGAAGAGAAACAAGAAAUGGGCAGUCAUCAUUUAUGGAUAUGCAUCCCAAAAUAUUGCAUACGGUGAAACUGGAGGCAAAUUGUGGAUUAGGUUAGCCUGUAGAGAAUAUUUUGCGUACUGCGAUAUUUUGGGCCUCAAUGGUUGUUUAUAUGCCUUAACAAGCUCAAACACUGUUCAGGUUUGGAAUUUUCAGAGCAGCAGUGGUAGUAGUAAUUUGGGUGCCUUCCCUACUAAAGUUAUGACAUUUGUUCCAAGUUCUCCAGUUUGCCUUGGUUUGGAUGAUAAGAAAUAUAUAAAUGACAGCUGUUUCUGUCAAAAAUACUUGGUGGAAUCGAAGGGGGAGAUUUUGCUAGUAACAAGAAUCUUAGGGAAUUUUGUACAUGAUGAUGAUGACAAUGGUGCUGUUGCUGAUGAUGUUGGUAAUGCUGCUGCUGCUGCUGAUGAUGAUACAGACCUUUUGAUUCUUCCAUACGCAACAAUGGAGUUUUGUGCUCACAAGAUGGAGUUGAGAAAGAGCAAGUGGAAGAAGGUGGAGAAUUUGGGAGGUCAAGCUCUGUUUGUUGGAGGGAGUGAAUCCACAUCUAUUUGUUCAACUACUUUCUCUGGAUAUGAGGCAAACUCAAUCUACUUCACUGAUGAUAAUUGGGGAGAGAUGGACAAUAAUGAUUCCUUAUUUGGUGGUCAUGACAAUGGAGUCUAUAAUAUAGAAACCAAAGAAUUUAAGCCUUGUUUUGAUAUUGAUGUUGGUGACAAGGUUUAUCCCCCCCCAUUUUGGAUACUUCCUAGUCUUUAG